AUGCGACGCUUUGGUUAUUUGGAUCGCAAUCCCAACAAUUCGGAAGCCUUGUAUCAUGAAAGUGCAAUUGUGGAGGCCCUGAAGAAUAUCCAAAAAUAUGGAGCCCUGGAACAGACCGGCAAACUGGAUGGUGAUACAAUGGAGCUUCUGACUAAGCCGCGCUGUGGUGUUCCCGAUAUUGAGGGCAAACCCUAUUAUCUUCAAAAACAGGAUAUGAUAAAUGUCAGCGACAUAAAACAGCGCAAAAAGCGUUUUAUUUUUGGAGCGAAAACAUGGACCAAGCGCCACAUCAAAUAUUUAAUCGGAAAUAGAUCACUGAAAAUCCCAGCCAAACAAGUUGAACGUGACAUCGCUCGAGCAUUUGAGGUUUGGUCUCAGUAUAGCAAUCUGAAAUUCGAACGGGUCAAUGAUACCUCAGCUGACAUAAUAAUCGGGUUUGGUUCACUAUAUCAUGGCGACAAUUUCCCCUUCGAUGGUGUGGGCAACAUUUUGGCCCAUGCAUUCUAUCCCUAUGAAAUGGGUUCCUGGGGCGGUGAUGUUCACUUCGAUGAAGAUGAAAAUUGGAAAGAAAACUCCCCUGAACUAAGUCAAGGUGUGGAUUUUUAUACGGUGGCUUUGCAUGAAUUGGGUCAUAGUUUGGGUUUGGCUCAUUCGCCAACCUAUAGUUCGAUAAUGUUUCCCUACUACAAGGGACCGGAUUAUAAUGUGCUGGAUUAUGAUGAUACAUUGGCAAUGUAUGAGGCGUAUGUGAACAAAAAACUGGACGAUGAUGUGGAAGUGGUAAAUGAUGAAGAACAAAGAGAAGUGGAGGGAAGGGAAGAAGAAUUUGUUGAACAUACAACCGUUUCUUAUGAGACAACAGAUUACAGUACCGUAUAUAACGACUACAUAACCAACACUACUGGCAAGCAGAGCUACGAAGAGGAGACCAACACCAAUUGGCCCAGCACAUCAGGUGAUGUGAAAAAUCCAUUUUCAUCGAGCUUCGGCAGCACCACUUCCUAUCCAACCCCAGGCUUGAAUUCAAGAGAUCGCUCAUUCUAUACAUCCACCAUACCACCCAUAUGCGAUGGUAACUUCAAUGCAGUUUGCCAUUUCGAGGAUCAUGUACACAUUUUCAAGGGCCAAUAUGUUUGGAAACUCUCAGCCCAGUACAGGGUUUUAGAUGGUUAUCCGAAACGUCUGCAGGAGGUCAUUAAAGAUUUACCGGAGCAAGUGAAAAAAAUAGAUGCCUGCUAUGAGCGUUAUGACAAAACGGUUCUAUUCUUUACAGGAACACAAAUCUGGUAUUAUAAGGAUGAACGGGUGUUGGACACCAGCCCUGUGUCGAUAAACAGUCUUUUGGGCUAUUCCACGAAUGUGGUUCACGUGGAUGCAGUUUUGUUAUGGCCUAAAAAUAAUCGAACUUAUAUUUUCUCUGGAUCGAUAUUUUGGCGCUACGACGACUAUACGCAGCAAUUAGAUGAGGGUUAUCCAAAAUCGAUGCAACGAUGGCCAGGGAUACCAGAAAAUAUUGAUGCUGCUACGACAAUACCCAAUGGUAAAACACUAAAUCACAGUUGA